UUCCCCAUGUCUCAUGGUACCACAACCCUUGCCUUCAUGUUCCAGGGGGGAGUGAUAGCUGCAGCAGACACACGGUCCAGCUGCAAUGGGCUUGUGGCCUGCCCAGCCUCCCAGAAGAUCCUGCCUGUCCACUCCCACUUGGUUGGCACCACCUCGGGCACAUCCGCCGACUGUGCCCUAUGGAAGAGGAUCCUGGCUCGGGAGCUCCGGCUUUACCAGCUCCGCCAUGGCAGAAGGCUGUCCACAGCUGGCGCUGCCAAGCUACUAGCCCACAUGCUGCACCCGUUUAAGGGCACUGAGCUCUGUGUGGCAGCCACCUUGUGUGGUUGGGACGGAGGGGCGGAUCAGCAAGAGAACAGAUCAAACAUGGGGAAUGAAACAGACGAUCUGGCAAAGACAUCAGAAAGUGACUCAAUCUCUCAAGCAGAGGCACGGGGAAGGAAUCGGUGCCUCUCACCAGCCAUGAGUCGGCAGCACUGUUCUGCUGGAGGUAAACAGCUAGUGCUCUCUGGCCCCAGCUUGUACUACGUCUGCAGUGACGGGACUCGCCUGCAGGGAGCGCUGUUCUCUGUGGGCUCUGGCUCGCCCUAUGCAUACUCUGUGCUGGACGGGGGGGUACGGUGGGGGCUGACGGUGGAGGAGGCCAUCUCACUGGCCAGAGAGGCUGUGUACAGGGCCACACACAGGGAUGCAUACUCUGGGAACUGUGUCGAUGUGUACCAUAUCACCUCACAUGGGUGGACUCGCAGGGACAGAGAGGAACUGAGAGAGGAGUAUUACAGAGAGAAGGAGAGAGAAAGAGUGAAGGUGAAGGAAAGGAGGGAGAAACAGGAAGGAGUGGAAGAUGGGCAGAGCAGUGGUAGAAAGAAGUGA